UUUUGCUAGUUAAAGCGAGCUUUAGUUGGCGGGGCCUCCAAUGGCGGAAAAUGGCGACGCCAUAAUUCUUCGACCCCACUCUUCAAAUUGAAACCAAACAAUAUGAUUCACGGUAGUUGACUUUGAACAAACGGACAGAUUUUCAGUCCGUUGUCAUCUUCUUCAGUCCCCACCUCUUUUCAAUUUCAGCGACUCAGUCUUUGUGGAAGAAGAAAAUUAGAGGUUGAGAGAGAGAGUGGGAGAAAUGGGGAUUUGUUGGGGUUCUCCUGUUGGUAAUCAUACCCCUAAUACCACUGGACAUCUCAGUUCAGUGGUAUCCCAGACAACAUCAUCAACGGUCAGCAACAUCUCGAAGAAUAGUAAUUUCUCGGUAGCAAGUGGAGAUGAAGCUUUUCCAAAUGGCCAGAUUUUGCCCUCUCCAAAUUUGAGAGAGUACAGUUUGGCAGAGCUCAAAGCUGCAACCAAAAACUUCAGAGCUGAGGCAAUGCUUGGUGAAGGAGGUUUUGGCAAAGUUUACAAAGGUUGGCUCGAGGAGAAGGGCCAUGGAAAGAAGGGAAAUUCGAUGGUUAUUGCGGUCAAAAAGUUGAAAUCUGAUAGCUUGCAAGGAAUUGAGGAGUGGCAGUCAGAAGUGGGCUUCUUAGGAAGACUUUCUCACCCAAAUCUGGUGAAGCUGCUGGGUUACUGUUGGGAGGAUCACGAGCUACUCCUCACUUAUGAGUUCAUGCAAAAGGGAAGUUUGGAAAACCAUCUGUUUGGAAGGGGCUCAGCAGUUACACCACUAGAGUGGGAUACUCGGCUUAAGAUCGCCAUAGGUGCCGCUCGAGGGCUGGCGUUCUUGCACACAUCGGACAAGCAAGUAAUUUAUAGAGAUUUCAAGGCUUCUAAUAUUCUGCUUGAUGGGUCUUAUACACCAAAGCUAUCAGACUUUGGUUUGGCAAAAUUGGGUCCUUCUGAAAGUAAAUCUCAUUUGUCGACUCGAGUUAUGGGCACUAAUGGUUAUGCUGCCCCGGAGUAUAUAUCCACAGGACAUUUGUAUGUCAAGAGUGACGUGUAUGGUUUUGGAGUUGUACUGAUCGAGAUGUUAACGGGUUUACGUGCACUCGACGAAAACCGUCCAACCGGUCACGAAAACUUGGUGGAUUGGAUAAAGCCAUACUUAUCAGAGAGGAGGAAGCUGAAAAACGUGAUGGACUUUCGGUUGGAAGGCAAGUAUCCAUCGAGAUCAGCAUUCCAAGUGGCUCAGCUUGCUCUCCAAUGUAUUGAGCAAGAACAGAAGAACAGACCAGCAAUGAACGAGGUUGUCGAGACACUGGAACGGAUCGAAGCUAUGAACGACCGACCGAAUGAGCCUAGAAACCGUUCGCCCCGCCAGCCUCUUCACCAUAGCUCUCCACUUCACGUGAAGCAAUAUGGAGUCCAUGCUAAUCAAACAUCACCCAGGUUGAGAUAGAUUUCAUUGGUACUGAUUCUCUUGUUCCACUCUCAUUUCUUCAUUCAUAUGUUUCUUAUAAAUCUUAGAAUGGAAUGACCUCUCACCAUUUGAUUCUCGAAAGGCAGAACGAACGAACAGUUUGGGACCGGGCACGACCCUAAACUGUGUCCUUACAAAGAAUGUUUCAUUUCCCUCUCC